GGCCGCGUCGGGCUGUUCCGCAACCCCGCGCUGCAGCGGCAGCUGACGGCGGAGGGUCUGCAGGCCCUGGCGGAGCACCUGGUGGCCGCGGGCGCGGCGGCCUGGGCCGACGGCGACCGCACGAGGCUCCUGAUGUACUGGCGCAUGCCAG